GACCAGGGAAAAACCCUAAUCGGAGAACCAGAGAGGAAAAAGAGCGAUGAAACGAGCAUCUUCUCUGUUCAGGCUUCUCUCAGCCUCCAGUCGGAGCCGGAUUCUUCAAUCUAGCCCCGAAUUCAUCCAAAGCUCCAAAUCUCCAGCCGCCAUAGUUAGCAGGUACGCUAAUCCGACCCGAUUUUACUCUUCAGAGUCGGAUCCAUGGAGUAGAUCAAAUCCCGAGAAGCAGCAGCGAAGCGAUCCAUCGUCCCUUGAAGGUGUCGAUGUGGUGAGCGAUGAAGAGCUGAAGAGGCGAAUCGAGAGGUUCUACAACGGGGACGGAGAUGCGAUCCCGUCGAUAUUUGAAGCCAUCUUGGCGAGGAAGCUGGCCGGGGUCAGCGACGACGAGAAUCUGAUGAAGGAGCUCCGGGAGAAGUUCCCGAUGGAGAAUGUGGACAAGGAAGGAGGGUUCGAUUUUGAUGAGGAGGAAUUGGACGACGACGAUGACGAGGAGGAUCAUUAGUGACGACGAUUUGGUAUUUACAAUCAACAAUUGUUGUCAAUGUUAUGGUUUAUAUUGGUCCAGACCCUUAAAUUAUAGCAGGGUAGAUCGUAUAUGGCUUCUGCAUAUUAGAAAUUUAUACGGCUGCUGGUGUUGAAUUAUACAUUUUGGCUUUUCCGACGAAUUAUUGCUGUGAAUUUCGCCGGCGGAACUAAGGCUGGUCGGUCUGUAUACGACUUUUCGAGUUGUACCUUUACUGUUACCGGAAAGUAUAUUGCUUUGAGUUGAAGUGGAAAACAGAGGACGCCGUUCUGCCUUUCACCGCCGGCGAGCGCCGGUGGAUGUCGACUGCUAAUUUAACUCUUUAGUUAUAUUUGAUUGAGGAACUUUUGAAUUAAUGUACAUAAUACAA